AUGGCCGCAGACCUCGCGCAGUCCGCGCCCCGCGAGGCCCAUAUUUCAAAAACCUCGCCUGCACUCCAGGGCCGGCCCCUUGCAGGUAUGCAGCCCGGCCACCCUAGCGCCGAGGUGCGCCGCCAGCUGGCUGCAGCCGCUGACAGCCCUGGCGUCACGGGGGCCAGGGUGCGCGCGCACCUGCCGCCGACGCCGACGCCGCCUCCGACGCCGCCACCUCCGCCUCCACCGACACUCGCGCAAAUGGAGCGCGCGUCCGGCGCAUUUCCCGCCCGCCGCCAGGUUGCCGCUGCCGCCGCCGCCGCCGCCGCCGCCGCUGGACGCGGCGCUAAUAUUCGGCGUAAUGCGACGCCGCGGAGCCGGUGUUUGCUACGCAGCCUGCAGCAGCCCGCGCUGACGCCGCUCUCUUACCAGCCACGCAAGCACGCCGCCUGCGCCUAUUAG